CACGCAGUGUGUGACGUACAGCGUCAUCACGCGCUCGCUGCAUUCGGAAGUGACGCAGAAUGAACGCGCACGCUCGUGUGUAAUACAGCAGCACGUGUUUGUGUUUAUGUGACUGUAAGAACGCUGAUCGGAACCGGUCUAAAACUCGAGCGGCGCUGUGUCGGUCAUGACGGGGGAACACGAGCGGUAUCCGCCGCCGAGCUUCACCGCAGCAGCGGAGCCCUCGGCGGCGUCUCACUGGAGCGGAUCCGCGCUGCAGAACAACCGCAAGUUCGAGGCGUCCCGAGACUGGAGCUGGACUCAACCGGCGCAGACCGGACCCUGGACCGGACACUACCAGCCGCAGCAGUACGCAGGUCAUCUUCAUCAUUAUCCUCAUCCUCAUGGCUGGCGGGGUUCAGCGCAGCAUCACUGGGGUAGAAAGAACCAGCAGAAAGAGCCCGAGUUCAGUCAUUUCUGUGACACGUGUGACCGAGGCUUCAAAACUCAAGACAAAUAUGACGAGCACAUCUCGCAGCACGUGAAGUGCUCUGUUGAAGACUGUCGCUUCACUGCACACGAGAAGCUGGUGAAGAUCCACUGGAGAAACAAUCACGCUCCAGGAGCCAAGAGGAUCAGACUGGACACCGCAGCGGACAUCGCCAGAUGGAGAGAGGAGCGACGCAAAAACUAUCCGACGCUGAGAAACAUAGAGAAGAAGCUGAAGCUGAUGGAGAUGAAGGAGCAGCGAGGAGACGUGCUGGAGACGGCUCAGUUCAGUCGCAUCAGGAGCCGCGGUGGGGGACGUGGAUCUGACCGCUGGAGGUCUGAGACGGAUCUGAAGCGGCCGCAUCAGGACAGAGAUCCUCUCGCGGCUCUCGUCUGCAGUGACCCCGAGUCUGAUAAGGACGAGUCUGUUCAGCAGACACAGACUGGACUCACUGUCGCCCCCAAGAGCAUGACCUCUGCCCUCGGGUCACUGAUGUCCAGCUACGGGGACGAUAUGACCUCCAGUGAGAGCGAAGGAGACACAGACGACGCUCCAGUGCUGAGAGUCAGUCAGGCUUUAGAGGAGAAUAAGACCCUCCUGGAAGCUCCUCCACUUCCUGUCCAGAGGAUCCCAGCGCUGCAUGAGGAGGAACACACACACACACCACAGCAAUCCCAUCAUGCACCGGCCGGCAGAGGACGCGGUCGAGGGGCGAGAGGAGGACGAGGAGGGCGAGGCGGUAAACCUGCUGGGCCACAGAGACAUCGAGCAACACUACUAGAGAUGCUACUGGCUCCUGAUAUCCGUCACGAGAGGAACGUGGUUCUCCAGUGCGUCCGCUUCAUCGUCCGCAGCGGGUUCUUCGGUCUGGCUGCUAAAGACUCUCGUGAGAUCCGUGUGUCUGUGAACACAAGCGAUGAGGAUCCUCAGACAGACGGCCUGAUCGAACAAUCACAAGAGACACGCUCCGGGAGCGCUGGAGAGAAGGAGAGUGUGUUCCAGCAGCUGUUUGCUCAGCAGUUAGUGUGUGACGAGUCUGAGGAAACACUCUCCUGAUGUGUGACGAGAAUCAGAUCAGAUGAGCUGCAGGACCAGACUCUUCACGGUGGAGCCGACGGUUCACAGCGAGAGGAACAUCUGAGAACCUCCGGCGAUUCAUAGAGACUUUAUCCAGUGGAAGCAAAGACAAUCAAACGGUUUAUUUUUUUCACUUUUUUUAUUUUUGUUUACUAAUCAUAUGUUUGGUCUUUCAGAAGAAAAGACUCUAGUGCUGUCAAAAGAUUCAUCGCGAUUCAUCGCUUCCAAAAUAAAAGUUUUUGUUUACAUAAUAUGUGUGUGUACUGUGUAUAUUUAUAUAUAUAUAUAUAUAUAUAUAUAU